AUGGUGGAGCGUUUGAAAGCGGUGAUCUCUAAACUGAUAGGACCAGCGCAAGCAAGCUUCAUACCAGGGAGGCUGAGUACGGAUAACAUUGUGUUGGUUCAGGAAGCGGUCCAUUCGAUGAGGCGCAAGAAGGGUCCACAAGGGUGGAUGCUUUUGAAGUUAGACCUAGAGAAAGCCUAUGAUAGGAUUCGUUGGGAUUUUUUGGAGAAUACUCUGGUGGCGGCGGGCUUGUCAGAGAAGUGGGUUCGUUGGAUCAUGAGUUGUGUUUCGGGCCCAGUAAUGAAUCUGUUGUGGAAUGGUGAGAAAACGGAGGGGUUUAGUCCGUCACGGGGGCUUCGCCAAGGUGAUCCUAUCUCUCCAUAUCUCUUUGUGUUGUGCAUGGAGCGCUUGUGCCACAUGAUUGAGCGGUCCGUCGCUUCGAAAGAUUGGAAGCCUAUUAGUCUCUCACGUGGAGGUCCGAAGCUUUCGCAUAUCUGCUUUGCUGAUGAUUUGAUAUUAUUUGCUGAGGUGUCAGUGGCACAAGUUCGGGUGUUGAGGAAGGUUCUUGAGUCCUUCUGCAGAGCUUCAGGUCAGAAAGUAAGUCUCGAAAAACCGAAAAUCUUCUUCUCUAGUAACGUGUCUCGAGAGUUGGAGAAGGAGAUAAGUGACGCGAGUGGGAUUCAAUCAUCCCGGGAUUUGGGGAAGUACCUGGGAAUGCCGGUGUUGCAAAAACGAAUGAAUAAGGACACUUUUGGGGAAACUCUAGCAAGAGUUUCAUCACGAUUGGUGGGGUGGAAGAGCUGCGUUCUCAGUAUGGCAGAGAGAUUGACCCUUACUAAAGCAGUGUUGUCGUCAAUCCCGGUCCACUCAAUGAGCUCGCUGAUGCUCCCACAAUCAACUCUCACGAGUUUGGAUAGAAUAUCUCGGUCAUUCUUGUGGGGUAGUAGCCCGGAGCAUCGGAAGCAACAUCUGCUCUCGUGGAAAGCAGUGUGUCUCCCUAAGAAAGACGGAGGGCUUGGAAUUCGCUCUUCUAAGAGCAUGAAUCUUGCGUUGGUGGCGAAAGUGGGAUGCCGUCUGUUAAAUGAUGAGACCUCGCUGUGGGCUCGAGUUGUGCGUAAGAAAUACAAGGUAGGGAAUCUACAUGAUCGGAGUUGGUUAACGCCUAAGGGUACUUGGUCGGUGCUCUGGAGGGGUGUAGCGAAGGGUUUGAGAGAGGUGAUAGUACCGGGGCAUGGAUGGGCCAUCGGAGAUGGAAGUCAGGUGAAUUUUUGGAAGGAUGUGUGGCUCUCAGGUAAGCCACUUCUGAACUCUGCCCUGUUAGAGCCUCCGGAAAAUGUUCAAGCUUUGUCAACGAAAGAUGUGUGGCGAGAUGGAGAGGGCUGGGAUUUUUCUAUCGUUGAUCCUUAUCUUCCAGAGCAGUCUAAACUGGAGAUGAGGGCUGUAGUCCUUGACCACGUUACGGGAGCGAAGGAUCACUUGGCUUGGAGGGAUAGCUCGAAUGGUGAGUUUUCGGUGACAUCUGCUUAUGAAUUGAUCACCAGGGAUGGCAAUCCGAAGCAGAAUAUGAGCUUGUUUUACGAUCGAAUAUGGAGCGUAGUGGCUCCCGAGAGAGUUCGUCUUUUCAUCUGGCUGGUGUCACAUCAGGUGAUAAUGACCAAUGUGGAAAGGAAACGCAGACACAUAAGCUAUUCAGAUGUAUGCUCAGUGUGUAAAGGUGAUUUCGAAACUAUCAUUCACAUCCUUCGAGAUUAUCCUGCGAUGGCAGGUAUUUGGAAUAAGAUUGUUCCAGGCCGGAAACGUCAAGCGUUCUUUGGUCAGUCUUUGUUGGUAUGGCUUUACGACAACUUACAGGCGGAUGUCAUAGUGGCGAAUGUUCCAUGGUCCACUACUUUUGUAAUGGCGGUGUGGAAGGCGACUGAAGCGUUGGGUUUGAAAGGUGGCAAGAGACCAAGAGUGGAGCGGAUGAUUGGGUGGCAAGGUCCGCCUGUGGGUUGGUUACGUCUGAACACAGAUGGUGCUUCACACGGGAAUCCAGGAGCUGCAUCGGCCGGUGGUGUGAUCAAAGAUGGAGACGGUAGAUGGAUCCCUCAACUAGAGUUGGAAGUGGACUCUGAAAUGGUGGCUGGUUUUCUACAGAGAGGGAUUAGUCAUUCACAUUCUCUCGCGUUCCUGGUACGACUGUGCCAUGGCUUCUUAUCAAAGGACUGGACAGUCCGAAUCGUGCAUGUGUUCCGGGAAGGUAAUAGAUUAGCGGAUGGUUUAGCGAAUCUUGCCUUCUCACUGCCUUUAGGUUUUCAUUGGUUUGAUGUUGUCCCUCCAUCACCCGAGCAUGUUCGGUGGGAGGAUGAGAUUGGGAUUUCGCAUCCUAGAGAUGUUCUUGUGUAUUUUUUUUUUGUUUUGUCUUAA